AUGAGCGAAGAAUUAGAUCGUCGGUUAAUUUUAAUGGUGGAGAGUAAUCCCCAUUUAUACGAUAAAAAAUUACCGGGUUAUAAAGACAAGGUACUCUGCAAUAAUUCAUGGAAGUCUAUUGGCGAUCGAUUGAAUAUCAGCUCGGAAGAUGCUAUACGACGUUGGAAAGUUCUAAGAGAACGUUUCAGCAAGGUUAGGAGGCAAAAAGCAAACAUUCCUUCUGGGUCUGGUGCAUCGUCAGAAAACCAGGAGAUUGAAUGGUCUUUAUAUAAUACCCUACUAUUUUUACAACCCCAUGUACAAAAUAGAAAGACAAUUGGUAACUUAGCAUUGAGUGCCAGUCAGAAGAAUAAAUUUUCAGACAAUUCUUGA